UGCUUACACGUGUUGUUGGUCCCCUCUUGGGAUGGUAUACUGUAUGCCACAUCUUACAGCCUGUAUCCCAUACUUUACAUAGAACAAGUCGUGUAAUUACGGCUACGUUCGUUUGUUUCCGUACAGCUGGUGCACGUACAGCAAGCUGCACAGUGGACACAAGUUUCGCUGGUCUGACUAUCGAUGUAGUUCGAUAUCUUCUCUACGAACAUGGCAGGGAACUUAGGUUUGUGAUAACUUAAGAAGCAAACGAAAAAAGGAAAAUAGCUUUUAUGAGGACUAAAUUAGCCCUUGAACAAGUUUAAACAGUUACCCAAUCAAGGAUAUUUUACGAGCUUUCCACCAGGAACACUUGGAAGAUUCUCAAUACGAAGUGCUCAGAGUCACUGAAGUGCCUGCCCUGCACCUGUCAUUCCUAGACCGUACCAGUGUAAAUCAGAACCCUACUUUGGUAGUACUCUUACCUGCAAGUCUCGGGUCUUUCCAAAGAGCAUGUUGCCAAUGCCGUCUCUCUGCUCCAUUGUCUGGUUACACCGAGGGAUCAAACUAAAGAAAGUGCUUUAUUUCUCAAACACAGGCCAGGUCUGAGUUUCAACCAUUCACACCAACAGUUCAGUCAUGCUUCUUAGUUUUAGUUGAAAAUUCCUGAAUAGUGUUGCCAUCACAAUUAACAUCCUCAACACUCUAGCACUUCACUGCCCUGGUCAGGGUGUAUCAUAGUUGGAAAUCUUUGCACAUGGCUGUAGAGGGCUUCCAAUUCAUAGCAAUUUAUGUCUAUAACAAAGACUGGGACGAGGACCUUGACCUCCAGCCAGGGGACAUACUGACCGUCAGCAAGACGUCACUGACAUCUCUUGGGCUCAAGGAUGGGGACGAGGAGCACCCGGAUUGCCUGGGAUGGAUGGUGGGAGUCAACAAACGCACCAAGCAGAGGGGAGACUUCCCUGGGACGUAUGUCCAGUAUGUGGGGCCUGUGAAGAUGUAUGUGGUGCCCAACCAGCCUCUGCAGCAGAGACCCCUCCCAGCAGCCCCCAGGCCUCAGCCUCCCCCAGCACAUCAAGGGACUUCAGCUCAAGAGUUUGUCCAGCCUUUUCCACCCCCAGAAAAUGCCCUCCCCACUUUGGUGAAGUUGAUAGAGGCCAUUGAGAAAAAAGGUUUGGAGUGCGAGACGCUGUACAGAAAGUCUGGCUCCUUGGCUGCUGGCGGUCAUAGACAGAGCCUGAUUUUUGAGCUCUCGGAGCCUGAGAUGGGCCAGUACGACGUCCAGGCGCUCUCAGAGGCCCUGAUGGGAUUCCUGCAGGACUUGCCCUUCCCCAUCAUCCCAGAGUGUGUCUAUCCCAGCCUGAAGAUUGCCCUGCAAGAGGAAGCAGAGCUGUCUGUCGAGGAGACAGGCAAGCGUUUGCUGAAGGCACUGGAGCCCCCGGCCGUGCCCCUGCCAGGCCUGCUCACCCUGCAGUACCUGCUCAGACACUUGGACCGAGUGGGCCAGAGCUCGCCCCACAAUGGCCUGGACCCUCACACCCUCGCACUCCUCUUCAGCCCUCUGCUGCUCCCCGCUGGGUCAGAAGAAGAUUGUCAGGUUUCUGCCCAGGUGCUGGAGAGACUGCUGGUGGCGAGGGCCUGGGAGCAGGAAGAAAUGCCACCAGCCCUACCUCCCAAACCUUCCAAAACCAAAGCCAUGGCAUCCUCUGUGAUCAAUGGAGACGGCAGCAAGAUGGUCGAUGCAGAGUGGUACUGGGGAGACAUUUCCAGAGAGGAGGUGAAUGAGAAGAUGAGAGACAUGCCGGAUGGGACUUUCUUGGUCCGAGACGCCUCAAGCAAGGUGCAAGGAGAAUACACAUUGACUCUCAGAAAAGGAGGAAACAACAAGCUGAUCAAGAUCUUCCACCGAGGCGGCAGGUACGGCUUCUCUGAGCCGCUGACUUUUUCCUCUGUGGUGGAGCUCAUCCUGCAUUAUCACCAGGAGUCGCUGGCCCAGUACAACCCCAAGCUGGACUCACGGCUACUGUACCCCAUCUCCAAAUAUCAGCAGGACCAGGUGGUGAAAGAGGACAACGUGGAAGCAGUAGGAGAGCAACUGAAGGUGUACCAUGAACAGUACCAGGAGAAGAGCCGGGAAUAUGACGUCUUGUAUGAAGAGUACACUCGCACCUCUCAGGAGUUACAGAUGAAGCACACGGCCAUCGAGGCCUUCACCGAGACCAUCAAUAUCUUUGAGGAGCAGUGCGAGACCCAAGAGCGCUACAGCAAAGAGUACAUUGACAAGUUCCACAGGGAGGGCAACAGCCAAGAGAUUGAGAGAAUCCAAAGUAAUUCAGAUAAGCUGAAGUCUCGUGUGACUGAGAUCCAUGACAGCAAACGGAAGCUGGAGCAGGACCUGAAGGAGCAGGCGACGGACAACCGAGAGAUCGACAAGAAGAUGAACAGUCUGAAACCAGACCUCAUGCAGCUGAGGAAGAUCAGAGACCAGUACCUGGUGUGGCUCAAUCAGAAGGGCACCAGACAGAAGAAGAUUAACGAGUGGCUUGGGAUCAAGAACGACGUGGAAGACCUAUAUUCUCUGGUGGAUGAGAUGGAUGACCUGCCACACCAUGACGAGCGCACCUGGUACGUGGGCGACAUCAAGCGAGGCCAGGCCGAAGAGCUGCUAAGGGGCAGGGGUGACGGCACCUUCCUGAUCCGAGACAGCCAGUCCCAGAAGGGCUCCUAUGCUUGCUCUGUAGUCGUGGACGGGGACGUCAAGCACUGUGUGAUAUUCAAGACCUCCACGGGCUACGGUUUCGCCGAGCCUUACAACCUGUACAGCUCCCUGAGAGAGCUGAUUCUCCACUACAGACACACUUCCCUGGUCCAGCACAACGACUCGCUGAAUGUAACUCUGGCAAUUCCUGUCCUAACCCAGCUGCAACCCAGAUGAGACGCACCGUCACCCGGACACGGCCCGGCACAGAGCAAAAACACACACAGAACUGAGACCACACACUCACUUUUCCCAACAAAAAAGCAAACAACUUUACUAUUGUAAAGUGGCUGUUCCACUGGAUGUCAGAAGGUGAAUUCACCAAUUUGUAAGUCGCUCUGGAUAAGAGCGUCUGCUAAAUGACUUAAAUGUAAAUGUAACUUUCUGAGCGUUGGGUUUGAUAGUGUUGAAGUGGCAGAUGUAAUGACUGACUGGGUUUUGACUUUGAAGAGACCCUGUAAAUGUUAUAUUUUUGUUAAAUCUUUACAACACUACACAGUUUUAAGAUAAAAAUACGUUGACUAUUUUAAAGUAACUGCUGUAGAUUCCAUUUUCCCUUUCAAUGGAGGGAAUUACUUUUUAAAUCGACUUGCCAUUUUGGGGGGGUAGUAACUUUUUUCAACAGUUAAAGAGGCGUAAGGGUUGGACAUGAAGAACAAAAAUACCUAACAAACUUUUUGUUUUCAUCAAGCGUUGCUGACAUGGCUGGAUGAUUGGGAGAUGUGGUAAAAGGCUUAACUUGUAGUGUUUUGUUGCACGUUCAUAUUAAUACACAUGUUCUCCCAGAGCGCUAUGGGACGCAUGCAAAGAAAGCAUUCUCCUUUCUGUGGACUCAUUGCUAUGUGCCCUGUCACAUAAAGCAGAACAUGUCUAGAAGACUAAAUUCAGUACCAAUGUGUUAAUCAAAAACAUUAAUUGGUCUUUUUCUGAAAGACUGUUUAAAAUAGUUUGAGGUUGAUGAUAUUAGAUGCUGUCAUGGCCCCUGGUGUAGCUUGAGGACACUGAUUGCUGUGACAGACAGUGGCAUGUAAUGUGAACUGGAGUUGCAGUCCUUGAUGGUGGAACACUUAGUGGUGAAAGUGCCUUCUCUUCUAAUCCUCGGUCUUCCAUUCUCUCUCUGUUGAUCAGAGUCAGUGUGGAUGCCUUGCCCCAAUCAGAUGCCAAGUGUUUUGUACAGCACUGUGUAUGAAACUAGAAAUCUGAAAUAGACCUGGUUAUUGAUUGCCUUGGAGCAGGGAUGGGUAACUCCCUCAGACUUUUACCUGGGACUACUGCCACUGACUGCUCAGAGUGCACACAUCUGGUUUCCCAGGUUAGGGUCGGGGCUCAGAGUGCACACAUCUGGUUUCCCAGGUUAGGGUCAGGGCUCAGUGCACACAUCUGGUUUCCCAGGUUAGGGUCAGGGCUCAGUGCGCACAUUUGGUUUCCCAGGUCUCAAUCAGUUGCUGACUUAAAUGAAUGAAUGAAAGCCAGCAGACACUCUUGAGGACUGAAGUUGAUGGCGGUGUUGGAUUUGUGCAUGGUGGAAAUGGAUUUCCAUUCAUAUUUUAUAGUUGUGGAUAGAUGGUAGAGCUUAUGGGGGUUGUGUACCAGAUAUAAAAAGCAUGGUCUUUUCACUACAUGUUGACAUUGGGUAUGCAGUAUGCAUCACAUUGGGUAUGCAGUAUGCAUCACAUUGGAUAUGCAGUAUGCAUCACAUUGGGUAUGCAGUAUGCAUCACAUUGGGUAUGCAGUAUGCAGUCUCUCAUUAAGGUAAUAGUAGCCUAAUUCCACAAUUUACUUAAUCGGACUUUACCUGCCACACUUUGUGAAUGAGCUUCUUUCCCAGGAAACAAGUUGUACUGUAAUGCUAACAUAUACACCAGAUAUUCUCGGUAGACUUGAAACACUACUUUGACAAACUGAUUAGUACUAUGCAGCGAGUUAGACAUACAACUUCACGAUGCCUCAUCGACAUUGAUUUUGAUUCAAGUAAAAUCACUGAAUGAGUGAUGACCUUUACACUUGUCAUGUAUUAAUCAGAUGUUGGUGCAUUUUACUGCUCACUUUUAGGAGUGGUUAGAUUGCCGUUCAUGUUGGGAUUGGUGUAACCUUUUAUAGCUGACAACAAUGUUGAUGUUAAUCUGGUUAACCUGUUCUUAUAUUUGUCUUUUGGUUAGGUGAAAAGUGUCUCCUUGGAGAGCGAUGACAAUAAUAGUCUGGACUAUUUACUGAACAUAGCUUUCAGCCAGAGUCCUGCUCAAUUCGACUGUCCUUCAGGUCAACGGGUCUUUGAAAACGGGGACUAUCUAGUUGAUUUGUUUUGUCAAGAGAGAGUGCUGUAUAAAAAAGAGAGUAAAAAAUAUGUUUCUGGUUUGUUUUCAAAUUGCACACGGUGGCUCUGCAUGUAGUAUAAGACUACGAAUGCUCUCCACUGACAUGACCACAGCCAGGUAAAGACUAGCUAAAGAUUGUACACCAGACAAUGUGAUAUAACCAAAGAGUGCUAGUGUCCAUUACUGAGUGUUACAGAAAAGAACCACACAAACCGCCGCCAUAGAUUUUUCAACUAACCUGUUCUUGGGGAUUACUUUCUUCAUUCUCGAUUCGUUUAAAAAAGUAUCUUAGUCUGUUUCCAGUUGCAGUUGGUUCUACAAAAACCAUAAAUUCAGAAAUAUAUCAAUGUUUAAGUGAGAUAUGCCUCCUGGUGUGCUUUGUUUGUCACCUACUUAUACGUGUGGCCGUAGAAGUAGAAUCUACUAGUUCCUGCAAUAAUGCUGGGAAUGCUAGAUCUGCGGCAGCUAAGAUGUCGAGAUACCUCCUCAUGCCGUACAAUACUUGGAUGUAAUAUUUUAGUUUUUUCUGUUUUUUUGUAGAACCACCUGUAACUGGAAACUGAUAUUUUUCAGAUACUUUCGUUAUUCUCGAUUCUGUGAAAAAAGUAUUGCCAAUAACAGGUUAGUUGAAAAAUCUAUGGCGGCGGUUUGUAUGGGGCCUUCCUCUAACGCCCAGUAAUGGACACCAACAUUCUUUGGUUAUAUCACAUUCUCUGGCAUACAAUCUAUAGCUAGGUCUAGACAGUCUGUUCUCAGUGACAUUGUUUCCCCUGGCCUUUUCUGUGGACUUGGGCUCCCGAGUGGCUCAGCGGUUUAAGGCACUGCAUCUCCGUGCCAGAGGCGUCACUACAGACCCUGGUUCGAUUCCAUGCUGUAUCACAAUCGGCCGUGAUUGGGAGUCCCAUAGGGCGGCGCACAAUUGGCCCAGCGUCGUCCGGGUUAGGAUUUGGCCGGUGUAGGCAGUCACUGUAAAUAAGAAUUUGUUCUUAACUGACUUGCCUAGUUAAAUAAAAUAAAAUAAAUUAUAUUGGAGGUCGACAAAAGCUGUGCUUGAUUUCUGUCUCAGACCGCUAUGAUGGUGCAACGUAAAACAACACAUUUCCUCAGCUUGUGAGAAAGCCUGUGAGUGGGUACAAAUUUGAGGCUUGAGUAGGGAUGUCGCUGUGCCAAUAUUAAAAUCUGCUACUGUAAAUGCACUACAAAAACAUGAAUAGGGAGCUCAUGUUUCAGGGGUUUUAUUAUAAUUUGACUUGAACAGGUUCAUUCAUUUACAAUAACUGGCUAUGAUAGGUCAGAAACACUCCACAUAGUGGACAUCUCAUUUUAAGACAAGGACGGCAUCAUUGGUGGCUCUUAAUGGUCUGUUUGAAAGUGGCUUUUAUGAAACCUGUUUGUGUUUUGUUAUUUGUUCAUCAUAACCUGAGCAGAUUUAAUUGAAUAAGCUAGUGUGAAUACUUUUGGUGAUAUUCUUUACAUUUAUAUUUCAUGCUUAUUUAGAGAUUUACUUUCUCUAAAUAACCAAAUAGAUUGAAAAGACUGUGAAAAGGCUGUUUACACAGGCAGCCCAAUUAUUUAUUUCACUAAUUGGUAUUUUGACCAAUCAGAUCAGCUCUGUGAAAAUAUCUGAUGUGAUUGGUCAAAAAAAACUAUUAAUGGCAAAAAUAUCAACAAUAGGCUGCCUGUGUGGAAGCAGUGAACUUUUUUAGAUUUUGUUAUCGAGAAAUAAACUGUCGUAGUAUUUGUUGUAUGUUGACUUUCAAUAUUUGAAGACUGCUUGGUUUUUAGCUUUUGUAUUUGUGAAACUGUGCUGAAAAGUCUGUUAGAUACUGUUAUUUGAUACACAUAGUAUGUGUAUAAUACUUGGCUGGAGUUCAGUAAUUUGAAAUGUAGAAAUCCCCCCCAAAACAUUGCUAAUGAACAGCAAAAUGCACUUUUAAAUUGACAAAAUUCUGUACAAUUAUUGCAUUACCUAAUGAAAAUAUUGGCUGCACUCCAUAGUAUGUAUUUGUCAGACUGGGAGUAUUGUAUGGUACUAAUGAUAAACUUUAAUAAAAUUGUUAAUUUUUAA